CGCGGUGCACGCUGGGGCGGCGGCGGGACCAUGGCGAGCGACUUCUACCUGCGCUACUACGUGGGGCAUAAGGGCAAGUUCGGCCACGAGUUCCUCGAGUUCGAGUUCCGGCCCGACGGGAAGCUGCGCUACGCCAACAACAGCAACUACAAAAACGACGUCAUGAUCAGAAAGGAGGCUUACGUGCACAAGAGUGUGAUGGAGGAGCUGAAGAGAAUAAUCGACGACAGUGAAAUCACAAAAGAAGAUGAUGCGCUGUGGCCUCCUCCUGACAGGGUCGGCCGACAGGAGCUUGAAAUAGUAAUUGGUGAUGAACACAUCUCCUUUACCACAUCAAAAAUCGGGUCACUCAUCGAUGUAAAUCAAUCCAAGGAUCCAGAAGGCUUGAGAGUGUUCUACUACCUGGUCCAGGACCUUAAGUGUCUAGUCUUCAGUCUUAUUGGACUACACUUCAAGAUUAAGCCAAUUUAAAUCAACAGACUUGUAUUUGUAUUGCAUGUCUGUAUGGGGAGGGGAGGGUGGGAGGAUGCUGUUUCAAGUCCUGUUUCUGGCCUGAAGCUUUUAUGUAUGUUUUACCUUUUUUUUUUACAAACUGUCAGUAACUGUCUUAAUAAAAUGG